AAAAGAUGGUCAUUGAUUGUUCAUACCCAACACCAAAAUCUAUAACCCUAGCCCCUUCAAAGCACAAUCCAUCAUACUUGUCAUGACCCAAAACUAACUCCACCCACAAGCCCACGUUCUCUCUCCUCCAUCCCAAUUCUCCAAUUCUAACAACUUUCCCACAAACCCAAACCCAACCCUCCUCCCUCAUUCUUCACCUUCACCCACCAUCAAUGGCUUCCGCCGUCGGCCCAUCGCCACCAGCGUCCGACCACCACCUUUCCAUGGAAUCAAUUCCAACCGUCGAUCUCCGUCUCCUUUCUCAAUCCGAACUCACCGCACUUUCUCUCUGCUCUUCUCACUCGUUCGACCUCCGUCGUUGCGAUGACGUCGUUAUUCCCAAAAUCGACCGUUCUAUUUUCAAUGAAUCCGCAGGUAGUCGUAAACAAACUUACUCUCGCCUUCGUCUUGCUCCUCGUAACUCGUCUACGACCUCGGAGAACAAUUUUGCGCCAAAACCUCGCAAUUCUUCGCUUUCUCCUGGCGACUCUGAUAACUCUCGCAUUAUCUCUCUCUUUAAGAGCCUCUUCAAUGGAGGAAACCUAAAUGAAGCAGAAAUUGAAGUCGAGAAUGCGGUUAAGUAUGAUGAUUCUGUUUCCGCGCUUGUUCCUGUUAAUGUAGAGUAUAGCGACUCUUUUCUUAGCGGUAAUGGUGAUGGUAAUGGUGGUGAUGUUGUUUUUGUUGAAGGAGAGAGGAAGCGGAAGCGAGGACGAAAACCAAAAAAUGCAAUGGUUACGAAAGUUGCAUUGUAUGUGGAGAAGAAGAACGAGGUAGAUGAAGAGGAGGUGGGGGAGAGAGAGAAAGAGUUGGUUAACAAAAAUGGCGAAGUAGUAAAUAUAGGAGAGUUGGGGAAGAAGGAAGAUCCGUAUAGAGAGGAGAUACAGAAGCGAACGGAAGGGAAGGAGAAACCCGAGGAAUUGUUAGGGUUUAUUACGGAUUUGGAAGGACAAUGGGGUAGUAGAAGGAAGAAGAGAAAGAUUGUUGAUGCUAAUUUGUUAGGUGAUGCUUUGCCUAAUGGUUGGAAGGUUUUGAUAGCUAUGAAGAAGAAGCAAGGUCGUGCUUGGGUGUUUUGUCGCCGCUAUAUAAGUCCUAAGGGACGAUAUUUUGUGUCCUGCAAGGAAGUUUCUUCUUAUUUGCUGUCCCUGACUAGCCCAGAAGAUUUACCUCAGCAAACUGCUGUCGAGUGCCCUGGGGAUGCAGCAGUUGUCAACAAAUUGGUUUCUGAAAAUGCUACAGAUACCGUAACCAAAAUUGAGCUCCCAUCAUUAUCUGCUUCUCCUCAAAUCAGUGAUCUAGAAAAUCGGCUGAAUCCACUUUCUACUCCCCAAACGCUUGAUCAUGAAAAGCAGCUGGUCUUGGUGACAAAUGUUCAAUCAGGAGAGGUGCAGUUAGCAUCUGCUUUGAAGUGCCACAAAUGCUCCACUGGAUUUAGUGAGAAGGAUGAGCUAUUGAGCCAUCUCUUAUCAUGUCACAAGAGGAAACGACGAAAAUCUGGUGCACCUAUUGAAGAAGAUUUGUUGAUGAAAGAUGGCAAGUAUGAAUGUCAGUUUUGUAACAAAUUAUUUCAUGAGAGGAGCAGUUAUUUCGGUCAUGUUGGCAUACAUGUGAAAAACUAUGUGAAGAGUAUUGGGGGAUCCCCUGGUAUGACAUUGGCAACUAAGAAAAAGAUCUCUGCCAUCCCUAUUGCUGAGGAGGUACCGGUAACUGUGUCUGAGACGGUGCAAGAUGUUGAAAUGAAUGUUCUUUCCGUGUCUUCAGCUCCUAAUGUUCUAGUCGGUAGUGAAGAUCAUUUGAAUUUGGCUGACAGAAAGGCUGCAAUUGGUUGUGAGGCUGAAACACAUUUAGGAAAUGAUAGCACUGGCCAAGUUUAUUCAUAUCUUCAUACUGAGUUGAACAAGAAAACUGAUAAAAGUAAUAAUAUAUCACCUAAUGAAUCUCCUGAUAAAUAUGGUGAAACUGGCCAAAUUUCUGAGAAUUAUGUCAGGGAGGUAAAAGGGUCUGUUGAUUUAUCUGACACGAAUACUGAUAAUUGUUCUGGUCCUUGGGAUAAAAAUGUGAAUGAUGAGCUAGGUGAGAACAUUGUUAAAAUAAAUGCAACUCAUUCUGUUGGCUUGGAAAUAAGCAACCCUUCAGAUGUUCAACUGGAAAUUGAUGAAACUUAUUCUCACAUAGAUGGCAAGCAGGUAGAUCUUGAAAAUGAUGGAAACUUUUCGUCUGUAAAUCACUUGCAAAGGGAAAAAGAAGUUUUUGGGAAUGAGAUGUUUGCUCAAAAUAAGGAAACAUCUUCGGACAGGCAAAACUGUGAAGAUAGAUCUUUCGGGAACAACAUUGUCGAGCAUAGCUUCUUUGCAGAUGGUCUGGAACUUGGGGAUGAUGACAGGUUGAUGGAUGGUUCUGAAAUUGGCCAUCUUGAUGUUGGCAUUGACGAUGCAAAUGAUGUCCAGCACUGUAGCAGCAUAGGUAUGCAUGGCUCUAAAAGUGGCCAUGUUGAUCUGAGCAUUGAUGCUGCAGAUGAUGUCCAGCACCCUGGAGGCUUAGAUAUGGUUGGUUCUGAGAGUGGCCUUUGUGAUCUGGGCAUUGAUGCUACAAAUGAUAUCCAACAUCCUGGAAGCUUGGAUGAAUCCUCAGAUGUUCUUCACACAGGUGAGGAAAUUCUUUCUCCAUCAGGAGAUCAAACUACAACUUUGAUGCAGAAAUAUGAAGAGAAAGAUCUAUUUGGCAUGUUAAGUGAGACGGAGGUUGAUAUGUGCAGUUUGGAAGAUGCGGAAGCAAAAGUUGAUGCUGAAGGAUCUAUUGUUCAGGAAAGAUCUGAAAGUUUUACAGCUGUGCUUUCCAGAGAUAAUGAUUGUGGUUAUAUUGCUAAUGAGGCUGAGACAGUUAUGCAUAUGAAAAUGGUAGAUUCUAGAGAGACAGGAGGUUUUGAAAUUGAGCAAACUUGUAGCCUUGAAAAUAGCUCAAGGGAGCUGUUCAACAGAAAAUGUGAAGAGCCUAAAAGUGAUCGACUUAUGAACUCAGACCUUUUUUUCCCUCCUGUAAGCAAUGAUAGACAUUUAGCUGCUAAUGUAAUAUCUAGUAAUGACCGACCGCAUAGAGAUGCGUCUAAUUGUUUGGCGGCAUUUAAUAACUUUGUUGAGGAUAAGCAGGAAGAAGUUAAUAAAAGCAUUCUGUCUGGGCUUUCUAUGAAUGAACAUGUGCGUGACGUUUCCAUGAGUAAUGCUUUAGAUGUUCCCUCCACUACAGCUACAACGCAGCUGCCUGAACUUGAUAAGAUGGACAGCUCAAGGACUAGCAAACUGAAUUUCGAUUUUGGCAGUAUUACUGAACUAAAUGCAAGAUUUUUGAGUUCUGUUCAGAAUGAGCCUGUUUCUGAAGAAACAUCCCCCUUUUCGCUGUGGGGGCAGCAGACCUGUACCAUCGAAGAUAAUCAAACCAGGGGUUAUGGUGGUGGUGGUGGUGGUGGUGGUGCCAGGGGUGUUGCUCAGCAUGAGAGGGCUUCUGAUAAUAAUACACGUAAUCUGGUUGGUCUUCAGCAACCUUCUAAUGCUGGAUAUAAUUUGAAUAAGGUCUGUCUGAACGAGCAAAGAUAUGGUGUUCAGCAUAAUGAAACUGGAGUAUACAGAAAAAAUAAUGAAAUUAGAAGGGAGGGGAUCUAUGAUGGUGCUAGGGGUCUCAUUCAACAAGAGAGAGCUUCUGAUAACAAUUCACUAAAUUUAGUUGGUCUUCAGCAACCUUCUGAUGCAGGGUUUAAUUUGAACAAGGUUCAUAUAAAUGAGCAAAGAUAUUAUGGUGUACAGCAUAAUGAAUCUGGAGUGUAUAGCAAAAGUAGUGAACCUAGAAGUGAGGGGGUGUCUCAUGGCAAUACUCUUGACCUAGUUGGUCUUCAGCAGCAAUGUGAUGCUAGAUAUAACUUGAACAAACCCUGUAUAAAUCAGCAAAGUUUUUGCAUGCAAACUGGUGGUUAUAAUGCAAGUGAUGAGUCUAAGCAAGAGAGGGUGGCUUAUGGAAAUUCUCUUACUUUAGCAAGUGUUCCCCAGACAUGUGAGCCUAGGUAUGGCUUGAAUAAAGCAUGUAUCCCACAAACGUGCCACACAGGUUUUAACAUGAAUAAGGGAUACAUGGGGACCAUGCAGGGAUUGUCAAAAAUAGAUGAACAUGGACAUUCUCGAGAUCAAGACUUAAUGAUAGGUUUUGGAAACGGCGGUGGAGAACCUAACCAAGGUGUUCCAACUGACUUCAUGUGGAGAUCGACAGAAGGGAACAUUUUGCCUGGUGGUUUAAUGCGUUCGUCGUCCUCCCAAGGGCAGUCAUCUGGCUCUUAUCAAGCAUUUGAUUUCCUUUCAGACAAGGGUGGGAAUGAUCUGUAUGCUGCUAAUGAGAAAUUUGAUAACAUUUCAAGCUUCGAAGGGCUGAGAUCCACCGGUGUGGAACCAAUGGAAUUCAGCUUUAUGACUACACAAGAUACAAAUGCUCAAAUGGGGCACCAAAAGGUCUUGUUCAAUACGCAGUUAGAUCAAGGUUUUGGGUCCUCCAUUUGGCAUCAAAAGCCAACUCUAAUGGCUGGACAUGUUAGCACAGUAUGUGUUUGGUGUGGAAAUGAAUUUCAUCAAGAUUCACUGGGUUGUGAAAUGCAAGCUGGUUCAAUUGGUUUUAUAUGUCCAACCUGCAAGGCUAGAAUGUCCGCACAGUAUCUGUAGACCCCACAUCUUAAUGGUAAGGUUAACCGCAAAUGCAAACGCUGUUUGUAAUUUGUAAUUCUGUUGUAUAUUGAUUUAGUUUUUCCAUGCAUUUAUUCGCAUAUUUGGCUCUACUUUGAGCUGAAGAUCUAGGUAAAAUUUCAGGGGGAAAACAUUGCUUUGCAAGUUUUUCAUUACAGUACAAAUGACUCAACAUUGUGCAUAGUGCUGCAUUUAGUUUGUUAGGCUGAUUUAUACUUGGCUAAAUUAGUUGAAUGUCGUAGAUUUAUGCAUUUGAAGUAGAAGCCACCUUAUCUUAUGGAGGGCUGUAGGCUUUUCUUAUUAAACACUUGACUGUUGUAACAUAUACUCUUACUAUUUCCAUAAUGAUCAACUUUUUGAUGUUUCUCAGAUUAUGGAUCAGGUUAUGGGAUUUUGGUGAGACUUUAUAGACCUUAUUUUUUGUUGCUUAAUUCUCUAAUAUUUUUAGAAAAUUUUUGCUACAUGGUUAGGCUUGUGCAAUGGGUCGGGUUAGGGGCUUUUCGAAAUAAUGGAUGAGCUGAAACGAGUCAGGCAUAUUCAACUCGCCCUGUGUCCAUGUGAUAGUAUAAGCCUUUUCCUAGAGUAUUAUCCUGAUCAUUCCACACAAUUUGGCUGAUUGUAGGAAUGGAAACUUUGCCAUGGGGGUCUUCGAUCAAAAUGAGAAAAUUUGAAUAAAAUAAGAUAUUUUAACAACUUAAUUUCAAAACUAAGCUUCGUGAAAACUUAAUUCCCAAAAUAAACGUUCGUACAUCCAAACCUAGCCUUGGAGUAAGUCGCUGUUACUAACAGCGACUUAAAAAAAAAAAAAUUUUUUUAAUUUUUUUUUGUAAGUCGUUAGUAACAGCGACUUAAUGCGUUUUAAGUUUCCAGUUCUCAGUUACUUUCUCAUUCCAACCUACGAGAUUAAGAAGUUGAC